UUUUACUGUCAAGUCUCAGCGGAGGUUGCGCAGCUCAAACUUGUACCCACGGAAUCGAUCCCACUUCCUACGAUCCGAUCGUUACCCGAUUCAAACAUUUCUACGGGGAAUCGAUCCGUCGAAGAAACGUUCAAGCGAUCGCGAUCCGUUCAGUCCGCCGCCACCGCCGCCUCCUUCUCAGGCGUUUUCUGCGCUGAGAUUGGCGGCGGGUUCAUUCGGGAGGAUCAGAGAAGCUUUGUUGAAGUUGAAGGGUUCCUUGAGUCGGUGUAGGAAGGUAGGGAGCGAGGGAGGAUGGCGUCGGAGAAGGUGGCUCGUACUUCGGCGCCCUCAGCCCGCCGAGAUCCCUACGAGGUGCUUUGCGUAUCGAGAGACUCGUCCGAUCAGGAGAUCAAAACUGCCUACCGGAAGCUUGCUCUCAAGUACCAUCCUGACAAAAAUGCUAGCAAUUCUGAAGCUUCUGAGCUUUUCAAAGAAGUUGCAUAUUCCUACAGUAUCUUGUCUGAUCCAGAGAAAAGAAGGCAAUACGAUGCUGCUGGUUUUGAGGCUUUGGAAAGUGAGGGCAUGGAUAUGGAAAUUGACUUGUCGAACCUUGGAACUUUCAACACAAUGUUUGCAGCUCUUUUCAGCAAACUUGGAGUUCCUAUCAAAACUACAAUUUCUGCUACUGUCCUUGAAGAAGCGCUAAAAGGAACUAUCACAGUCAGACCGCUUGCUCUUGAAACAUCAUUCAAUGGAAAAGUGGAUAAGCAAUGUGCUCAUUUUUUUGGUGUCACAAUUAAUGAUCAACAAGCCCAGGCAGGGAUUGUUGUGAGAGUAACUUCUGCAGCACAAAGUAAAUUUAAGCUACUUUAUUUUGAGGAAGCAAAUGGUAGCUAUGAUUUAGCUUUACAGGAAGACAGUGAGAAGACUGGCAAAGCAACAUCUGCAGGGAUGUACUUUUUACACUUUCAAGUUUAUCAUAUGGACUCUGUGGUUAACACGUUAGCCAUGGCAAAAGAUCCUGAAGCUGCCUUUUUUAAAAAGUUGGAAGGUCUCCAGCCAUGCGAGGUGUCUGAAUUAAAACCUGGCACCCACAUAUUUGCUGUUUAUGGUGAUAAUUUUUUUAAACCUGCCACAUAUACCAUUGAGGCUGUGUGCGCUAAAUCAUAUGGAGAUACCACAGAGAAACUAAAAGAAAUUGAGUCCAAACUUUUAGCAAAGAGAACUGAGUUAAGGCAAUUUGAAAUAGAUUAUAGAAAGGCACUUGCACAGUUUCAGGAGGUAUCAAACAAGUAUAUCCAAGAAAAACAAUGUGUGGAUGAGCUAUUGAAAGAGAGGGAGAAUGUACACUCCACCUUCACGGUACAAAGUGGUGUGGCCAACGGGGAUGUUAGUAGCAGUGGAAAAACUCUUAGUGAGGAUUAUAAACUUGAUAGCCCAAAUGGGAGUCCUGAUGCUAAAGAUAAAUCCAACAAAAAGAAAUGGUUUAGUUUCAACGGUAGCCGGUCUGAUAAGAAGGGCUGACGACAUCAGGCUCUCUAAAUUGUUGUUUUAUGGAUUGCGCUAGUCCUACACUAGAAGGCCAUCAGUAUUCAUUGUUUCCCUCGUGUAAAAUCACUCUGUCAAACUCUUCAUCUCUUGGUUUUUUAGCUCUGAGUUUUGUGAGGUAUGCUGACGCAUAAAUUUCUCCCUUCCGCCUGUUGUAUCCUGUAUUUGUUUGUAAAAUUAGUUUUUGGAUUUUGUUUGUUCA